CCGGUUGCCCUGAAGGGGCGGCUCCCUCCCCGAGCGGUUCGCUCUGCGGCGUCCGCCCCGGCUCGGAUCGGCCGGCGUGACUUCCCGAUGAUUCGAUCUUUUCUCUCCCACCCCUCUCCGGUUUUAUCACCCGCUCCGUGGCGAAUCGAGAACCCUCUCCUCGUGGGAUCGAACUCUCUCCCACCCCUCUCUGGUUUCUCCCUGUCGUCUCCUCCCUGCUCCUGUUGGUACGGAGAGAUUGAUGAUUCGAGAGCGGUUCAAAGAACCGAUCGGCGGGGCAACUCCAGGUGUUGAUUCGUUCCUUCGAGUCUUGUGGCGGAUUGCUUCGAAAACCGGAUCUGUUUGGGUUAGGGCGAAAGAAAUUGAACUAGGGUUUUUAGUCGAUCUCGUUCUUCCGUCUUUGGAGUCGGAUUUAGGGUAGAAAGAGUGUUGGAAGAACAACAAAACACGGAGGUCUCUGAUUCUUCGGUGUUUGCUUAAGAAGAUGGAGGAAGGGUUUAAGAAUUGGGGGACAAAGACACGAUUGACGAUUUAUGCUUGCAAUUUUUUUUUGCUUUUGAGAUGAUCCAAGUGCUCGAUUAAAUAUAACUAUUUUGAGAUGACUGGGUUGUCUAGUGUUCCUAUUUCCGACAUAGAUUGCUACGUUAUGCCCGACGUAUCCAGAUCCUGAAAUCAGUCCCUGCUUCCACAAAAAGAAUUGGUGUUCAAACAUGUUAUAUAUUCUGGUACGUUUCGAAUUAGAUUGGUUGCUUUUAAUAGACUGAUGAUCGUGAUUGGUGAAACAAUGGGGUGAACAUUCCUUAUUUUUCCUCCUUUACAUACAAUUCUUAAAUUGUACAUUACAAAUCAUGUGUUCUGCUAUUGAAGGACUUAAGUUGGGAUCCUUGGUUUGAUUUUGUUGAGCUUGCAGGGUAUUUGAGCAUUAUUGACAUCAUUGUUCUUCUUUCAUCUUGAAGAGAAGGUGUGUUUUCUUCAUCCAGCUUAUAGCUGGUUUAGUUUUUUAUAUUGCUUGAACUAUUGUUGGUCAUUCCUGCUGGAAUUGGUAGCAAAACGUGUAGGAUCAGUUUUUCAGGCUUUUAGAUGAUGAUGAUACUCUGAUAGUUCAAAGAAAAAUGAUCAAGUUUCUCUUUUAUGUCAUGUUUAUGUUCUUACAUUUUAUUACUCUAUGCAUUGGGUCUUGAAGAUUGCGAUUUUUAAGGUUAAUGUCCUAUCUUGUUCUUGUGGAGCAACUUGCCUUUGUUCCUCUUUGUUCAGUUUCAUCCUUAUAAUCUGUAUUAAGUUUGUGGGUAGCUCAGGGUUACAUUGUAGAAAGAAAAGACGUUCUUUUGCUACAAACAUUGUCUUAGCUCAGGGUUACAUGGUGGUCGGUAACUUGUUGACAUAAAUUGUCCUAGCUGGCACUCUUUCGAGUGAGGUUUCUGCUGACUGAAACAAACACUAUGCUUCCUAGGUGUAUAAGCAAAUCCUUUGGACAGUGUGAAGUUCCAUACUGGUGUUGUUCUGUAAUGGUACAUGUUGGCAGGCAUCUGCAACGCUUUUCUAUUGUUUUUUCCUAAACUUCUUUCCUCCAACAAAAUAUGUGGUUUCUUCUGAUUUGGUAACGCUAAUAAUAUUUGUUGAAUUGUCAUCUAGCGCUCGGAUCCACAAUGUGGGUAGUUAUGAGCCUAUGUUACUGGUUGACAAAAACGUAGACAAAUAUAGUGCCUUUCUGGCAAACAUGAAGUGCUAUACAAGUGUUUUAUCAAAUGAACAAUUUAGAAUGUAGAACAACAAUAAUAGCAAAGCCAUAAGGUCUAACUAUUUGAGGUUGGCUACAUGGAUCAUUUAACACCAUUGAGACUUGUAAAAAGCUAUAUGUUAAGUUCAGAGUCCUUAGAACGCGAUUUAUAGUUUAUAUUAAAGUUUUUCUAGGUCCUCAUCUAUUUUUUCUUAUACCACUAAUAUUAAUUAUUUUUUUUCUUCUGACUAUUACAUUCGGAGGUCUUCUAGGCACAUGCUCAUAUCAUCUUAAACGAUUUUCUCUCAAAUUAUCCUCUAUCGAAGUGAUAUCUAGUUGUUUACAAAUACAAAUAUUUCUUUUCUUAUCUUUCCUAGUAACUCUACACAUUCAUCUCAACAUCACAAACAUUUUGCAUAUAUUGUUUUUUAACUGUCCAACACUCGUAUACAUAAAGUUUAGAACGUAGAAAAGACACAUAAAUUGAUAUUAUUGAUAACUAAUAUGCAAUACAUUAUAUCUAGUGGUUUUUUUUUUAAAGCUUAAAGUGGGCAUAUUGUGAUGGACUUGUGAUUUGGUAUUGGCUUAUUACUGAACUGAUUUGUCCAGUGCUCUCAUUGACUUAUUGUGAACUCUACCACUGUCAAUUUUUAUCAGAAUCAUGAGAAUCAAGUUGGACUUCAUAUGGCACGUUUAGAUGAGGGUAAUUGAUUGUGUCAAGAAUUUAGGGUAAUAUUCCAAUUAGGAGCCACAGAAUAAUGCAGUUAUGUAAAUUUGCCCCUUUUUUGUUUAUUAAACUGGCUUCCAAUCUUUUUAGAACAAUUUUCCUGCAUUUUCUUCUUAGAUCAAUUUUCCUGCCUUUUAUAGUCUGAAUAAUAGGCUCUAUUCUAUUCUGAAAUAGAACCUUUAGAGAGAGAGAGAGAGAGAGAGUUGGAAGUCAGUGAUCUUGAUGUUAGAGAUUCUAAGAGCUGAUAGUUCUUUUAUAUAAUCAUGAACUUUCAAUUCACCUGUUAGCCGGCCCAUCACUGACAUCAAGGUACCAGCAGUUCCCUUGAGGAUAGUGAGGGUGUUAUCCAAACCAUUCGUGGUGCAGUGUGUAUGGUAUUGCCUUGUUAACUGAAGCAUAAAGAAUCACAAGUGGAUGGAUAAGAACCAACAAAGACGUGGGCAAGGUUGCAUGAUAAUUUCUCAAUUCACUCAUUGUUCUUCUUUUUGCUUUUGCAUAGUAAUUUCUUAUAUCUUCUUGUUUGACUAACAAGUCUCUUUGAGGUGGAGUGAACUAGUUGUUAUCAGAACCAAUCAUCCUGAAAUGAUGCACUUGAUUACAUCUUCAUCAAAAAUAAGUAAACCACGGUAGCUGAUGGUGAUGCUGGAUAGUUUGAUACUGUUAACCGUGGAAGCUGCAUCAUAACUUUCAUUUGCUGGGCUGGGGCUGCACUUAUAUCUCGGAGGAAGAUUGAUUAAUUCCUUAAAUGUGCUGACGAGGCUGGAAAGCUUGAGCAAGUGAUUGAUGUAUCCACACUUACAUGUUGGUUUUGUUUUCAUAAUUGGAAAAUGCAAUUUACUUUUAUGUGCAGGAAAGCAAGACUGGAAAUCGUGUGCACCAAUUAUUGCCUGCUUCCCAUCAUCUGGGCAUUUCGCAACACAAUUUCUCUUAUGGAUUUUGCAGUUGCGAACCCAAAUCACCAUUAGCCAGGAAAACUACUGCAUCCAAGGUGAGAUCCAACUCGUACUGGUGAACCACUGCAAAGACGGCGUGUGGCCUGGAGUACUCGGCAGUGCCGGCCACAACUCCCCGGAGGGUGGUGGCUUCCAUCUGGGCGUCGGCCAGGAGGCAGUCCUGGACGUGCCGAGUGGAUGGUCGGGGAGAAUCUGGGGUAGGCAGGGUUGCUGCUUCGAUGAAAACGGGAAAGGAAGCUGCGACAGUGGCGACUGCGGCGGCCUGCUGCGCUGCAACGGUACUGGAGGCACACCGCCGGCGACCGUGGUCGAGAUGACGUUGGGGACCCACCGGUCUCCUCUCCAUUUCUAUGACGUGAGUUUAGUGGAGGGCUUCAAUCUUCCGGUCACGAUCGCUCCGGUUGGCGGAGGGAAGGGAUGCGGCGGCGUGGCGGGCUGCCAGGUGGACUUGAACACAUGCUGCCCUUCCAGGUUCGAGGUGAAGCAGAAGGGGAAGGUGGUGGGAUGCAAGAGCGCGUGCUUGGCCCUGAAGACGGACAAGUAUUGCUGCACCGGGGAGUAUGGCUCGCCGGAGCGCUGCAAGCCCACCCUCUUCUCCCAUCUCUUCAAGUCCAUCUGUCCUCGAGCUUAUAGUUUCGCCUACGACUCUUCUUCCACUCUCAACAUGUGCAGGGCAUCGAGGUAUCUCAUUACCUUCUGCCCUUGUGCAACCUAAAUCAAAGUCACAGAUGCAUUCAGUAUGA